GGCCGCCGACCCGGGCCGGGGUGCGGGCGGGGACGCGUGGGCGGGUGCCUGCGGUGCGGCCCUAACCCUGGACCCCGGCUCUCACCCUGCUGGCUCCCAGCCCCGCGUCUGUGGGAGCGGGUCGGCCCUGGACCGCCGGUGGGUGGGGUGGGAGCCGGAGUGGAGGUGGGAAGCAGCGAGCCUGCCUCUCCGAGUGGUGACUCUGCAGAAUACUUUCUGUCGCUGCCCUCGUGUGCCAGGAGAGGUGAGGGUGUGUCCCGAGGCACCGGGACCCCGGCUGGAGAAGUCGUGGGAUGUCCUUGGCUUAUCAGUGGUAGCUGUGGAACGGAGCGGAAGGAGGGGAAGCCUGUGUUACUGUGAAAUGGGGAAAGGAGAAAUUUGAAGGUGUAGAAUUGAAUACGGAUGAACCUCCAAUGGUAUUCAAGGCUCAGCUUUUUGCACUGACUGGAGUCCAGCCAGCCAGACAGAAAGUUAUGGUGAAAGGAGGAACAUUAAAGGAUGAGGAUUGGGGAAACAUCACAAUAAAAAAUGGAAUGACUCUACUAAUGAUGGGGUCAGCAGAUGCUCUUCCUGAGGAGCCCUCAGCUAAAACUGUCUUUGUAGAAGACAUGACAGAAGAACAGCUAGCAUCUGCUAUGGAGUUACCAUGUGGAUUGACAAACCUUGGUAACACUUGUUACAUGAAUGCCACAGUUCAGUGUAUUCGUUCUGUGCCUGAACUCAAAGAUGCCCUUAAGAGGUAUGCAGGUGCCUUGAGAGCUUCAGGGGAAAUGGCUUCUGCACAGUAUAUUACUGCAGCCCUUAGGGAUUUGUUUGAUUCCAUGGAUAAAACUUCUUCUAGUAUUCCACCUAUUAUUCUACUGCAAUUUUUGCACAUGGCUUUUCCACAGUUUGCAGAGAAGGGUGAACAAGGACAGUAUCUUCAACAGGAUGCCAAUGAAUGUUGGAUACAAAUGAUGCGAGUAUUGCAACAGAAAUUGGAAGCCAUAGAAGAUGAUUCUGUUAAAGAGACAGAUUCUUCAUCUGCAUCAGCAGUGACACCUUCUAAAAAGAAAAGUUUAAUUGAUCAGUUCUUUGGAGUUGAGUUUGAAACUACCAUGAAAUGUACAGAAUCUGAAGAAGAAGAAGUCACCAAAGGAAAGGAAAAUCAGCUUCAGCUUAGCUGUUUUAUCAAUCAGGAAGUCAAGUAUCUUUUCACAGGACUUAAGUUGCGACUGCAGGAAGAAAUCACCAAACAGUCCCCAACAUUGCAAAGAAAUGCUUUGUACAUCAAAUCUUCCAAGAUCAGCCGGCUACCUGCUUACUUAACUAUUCAGAUGGUUCGAUUUUUUUAUAAAGAGAAGGAGUCUGUGAAUGCUAAAGUUCUUAAGGAUGUUAAAUUUCCUCUUAUGUUGGAUGUGUACGAACUAUGUACCCCAGAGCUUCAGGAGAAAAUGGUCUCUUUUCGAUCAAAAUUCAAGGAUCUAGAAGAUAAAAAAGUGAAUCAACAGCCAGAGACAAGUGACAGAAAGAGUAGUCCCCAGAAAGAAAUUAAGUAUGAGCCAUUUUCUUUUGCUGAUGACACUGGCUCCAAUAAUUGUGGAUACUAUGAUUUACAAGCUGUGCUAACACACCAGGGAAGGUCUAGCUCUUCGGGUCAUUAUGUAUCAUGGGUGAAAAGGAAACAAGAUGAAUGGAUUAAGUUUGAUGAUGAUAAGGUCAGCAUCGUGACACCAGAGGAUAUCUUGCGGCUUUCUGGUGGUGGAGACUGGCAUAUAGCUUAUGUUCUUCUGUAUGGGCCUCGCAGAGUUGAAAUAAUUCAAGAGGAAAGUGAACAGUAAUCUUCAUUUUAGCUAUUUAUGCUUAGGUGUGAAAUAAAUGUUACUUGUUGACCAUAAUCUGAGCUUUAGAGGAAGAUGUUAGGUGGCUUUAUGUGUUUCCCCCCAUGUGUGGAAAAAAGGGUGGAAGGAGACCACUCGAUGUUAUCAACCAACAGAAAAUCACAGCAAAGAGAAAGUUGUGUUUGGACUGUGCUGCCCUGUAUAGAGGUGGCAGGAAGACAUUUUUCAAAAGCUUAUUAUUUCUUGUAUUAAUUUUUCAAAAUUCUGAGUUGAAAUGCUUUUCAACUAUUAACCUUCUGUGAUAAUUUUUCUCCCUGCCUUUUUCAGCCCAGGACUCAGCAAUCAAAUGUUUAUUCCACACCUAGUACUCCAUCAUUUGUUGUUCUUGCAUGGUUCAAACCACCGGUGAUUCAGUAGCUGCCCAUCCUUUGCCUUAUCUAACAAAAAUUUUGCCAGGAAGGUGGAAAGGAAGGGUUGCUCAUUGUGUAAACUCAGUGCUGCUGUUGACAUCCCAUGGAAACAUGGGUACAAUCAAGUAUUUGUCCAGCCUGACUGUUGCUGGCUUUUCAUGAUUUUAAAAUAAAUUGUGAUUAAUAGUACAUUUGAUUAUGCAUUUAUUGCUGUGUCUCUGAUGUACUAUGGUUUGUACAUUUAACUUUGCAAUGGUUUUGUAAGUAAUCAGCCUUAAAAAAUGUUGACAAGCUCUGGCUGCUUAUUUUUAGAAGAUGAGGAUAUUUAAUAAAAAAAAAAAAAGAGGGAAUCAACAGCUUUUGACCUCAAGUCUUUUGUCUAUUGAGUGUUGGAGCUUGGCUGAAGUUUAGGUAUGUUUAAUACUAUACAGUUACUGCUGAUGGUCAGCUUUACUCUGUUUAUUAAGCAUCCAUUUAAAAGUGUUAUCUUUGUUCAGAUUAUAUUGUUUAAAUACAAAGUUGUAAAAGUAACAGCAUUCUUUGGAUACUAAAUGCAGUGUUGUCUGGCAGAUCUGUUACUUGGCUCAGUUGUUCUUCCUGUCCUGUCAGUGCCCCAAAUGUUAACAUCUGUCUCAAGACAAUGAUUUUUAAGAUGAUGGUGAAAAUAGCCAACAGAAUGAGGUAUUUCAGCAAUGCAGAUUUCUUACAUUCCCCCCCAUCUUUGUUUCAGGAGCCUUGAUUGCUGCAGAAAGGAGGAUCUUAGCUAAUUUGUCUCUGAUUUUCUUUGGGCUAGAUACUUGUAAUAAAGCUUUGGGGAUUAAUGUGAACUCUA